AUGCCUUCCCUCCGCCGUACCCUCUCCUCUCCCCCCUCCCGUCGCGCCCCUUACCCCUCCUCCCUUUCCAGCAGCAGCAGCAGCGCCGCCACACGCCCCGCCGGCCACGUCCCCCGCAGAGCUUCAGGCUCCGACGUCAGCAAUAGGAGAGUCCUCGCAGACCUCGAUUGGUGGGUCGUCCAGGACGGCCAGUACGACGAGUUUGACCCCGCAAACGACAUCCUAGACACCCCCCCGAUUCUCGAACACGACGACCACCCUCACCAUCAUGUCCUCGCUGGCCCUGCUCUAGACCCCAUCCCCGGCGUCCCUCCGCCCGCCUCGCAACAAGAACCCCGUGCAGAUUCAACAAGCCUCUUCCAGGGCCCGUCGGCUCCGCCACCCGUCUUCCCCGACUUUCCCCUUCACAGCCUGUAUGCCCGCGAUUCCUCCGAGGUUAGUCUUCCUCGUUCACCAUCGCGCGCCACACCGCGCGCAUGUUCCUUGUCCCCUCUUACCCCAUUCGCCGACCUGUCCAUUGCCCCCUGCACCCCUACCCGCAUCCACCUCGAUCAAUCAUCCGACAACGAAUUUGAUUCGCUUCAGAGCACCCCCGAGUCUGCACACUUCUCCCUAUUGCCAGUACCCCUCCCGUCCUUUGGGAGUACCUUCAUGGACAUGGGCUCCCAUCUUCCUGCUACCCAUGUCUCUCCCCCCAUGUUGGGCUACGGUCGCCGGCCCUCCACCGGCCCUUCCGGCAUGAUGAGAUCCGCAAGUUACUCAUGGGUCGAGUCUGAAAUGUCCACCAUGCGACAACGAGAUUUUGAGGAUCCGUUUGAGGACGUCUUCUCUCCUCCGGCUCCCUCCCCUUUCUUCUCCCUCACGCGCACCGACGUGGACGACCUCUUUUUCUGA